AUGAGGGCAUCUGGCUUGCAUUCUGUUGUGGCCGUGACCGGCCUGCUUGGCUCUGUCAGCGGUCACCAUAAACAUGGCUCAAGUUGCGAAGAGGUUCCCAUCGUUGAGUAUCAGCCAGUUGCUGUCGUUUGCUCCGGCUCCACGACCGCGAGCACGAUUACUCGGACAUACAAUGGCUGCGCACCAACAUCCUGCGUCGUCACCGUGUCAGAGUUUCCCGUUACGGCUGCCAACAUCACGACAAAGACCGUGAUCGGAACAUGCGAGGGCACCCGCACCCUGCCGGUUGGCCCCGGAGGCGACACGACUGUCAUCGUGACGGAGACUCCAGGCUGCGUCAUUACCAAGACCACCAAGGGACCCAAGCCGGGAACAACCACGCUCAAGCCGAACUCGGCGCCCGAGUCGCUCCAGCGAGGAGUCUACGGUAUCGCCCACGGGCUCGUCCGCUACAUCGCGAUCAAGCACGACGGCUUCACGCACCACGACUUCCCGCACUGGUACCCAGUCCACUUCCUCGAGUGCAUCAAAUACAUCUACAAACACGUCAAACACGGGCACGGGCAGCACCACGUCCACAGGUUCCUCCACGUCCGCCACGACUUCGUCCACGUCAACGUCCGGCACGUCUACUUCGACAACCACGUCGGCGACUUCAUCAAGCACAUCCACGCAAACCACGCCGACAACAUCGUCAUCCUCCACCUCAACCACAACUACUACACAGACGACCCCGACAACGUCGUCUUCAUCAUCAUCCACUUCGACCACAACCACGGAGACCACGCCGACGACAUCAUCCUCGUCUACCUCCACUACAACCACAACAGAGACGACUCCCACUACAACCUCGUCAACUACCUCGACGACUACCACACGGACCGCGCGCAGGUAUACCUGAACCAGCAGAUCCCGCGCUGUGGCGACCCCCCGCCCGAGGUCACCCUCACCAUCCGCUUCGACUACCAGUUCACGGGCGACUCGGAGGGCUGCAGCAUCGGCGCCGCCGUCAACCGCGAGACGACCAACCUCGUCACCAUCACGGACGAGGGCGUCACGCCUGGCGAGUGGCAGCAUUACGAGGGCCAGCCGAUCACGGUUCAGUUGACAUACGACUCGCUCUUCACGCUGAAGCUUAUGUGCGACUCGGAUACACCAAACACGCCGGGUAUUCUCAUCACCGACAUCACCAUCUACUAA